AUGUAUUCUGGUCAUAUUCAUGAACCUACAAUUAUUUUAGAAGCAGUAGCAUCAUAUGAUCUUUGGAUAUGGCAUGCAUUUUUUGGGUUAUCGGGGUUUCAUAAUGACAUCAACGUGCUAGAACGAUCUUCAAUAUUUACCAAGCUUGCUGAAAGGCAUACUCCUUCUGUCAAUUACUCAAUCAAUGCUCAAGAGUCGGCAAGGAAAGAUGUAGAAUGUGCUUUUGGAGUUCUUCAAGCACGAUUUGCAAUUAUACAUGGACUUGCAAGUUCUUGGGAACGUAAAACACUUAAGAACAUUAUGAAGGCAUGCAUAAUACUGCAUAACGUGGUUGUUAAGGAUGAGCGAGAUGUUAAUGAAACAGAAGACUACGGCUAUGAACAAAUCGAUGAAAAUCCCCAUGUAUUUGUUUCACAUGAGUAUACAACUGAAUUUAUGGAAUUCAUUCGACACCAUCAUCGCAUUAGAGAUAGAGAAACUCAUUCUCAACUACAAUCGGACCUCAUCCAGCAAUUGUGGCAACUACAUAGUCAAUCAUAG